AGAAACAUGAGAGCAGUAAUUCUCGUGUGCCAGCUUUGCCUCAUUCUGAGGAUUGAAGCCCAACUACCAACUGCUUGCUUAAACAGCAAUUCAACAAGACCUCCAGCAAAUUCGGACAUAACUGUGACCUGUGGCACUGACUUUAUGGCCGUGCGCAUCUACCUUUGUCCGAUGUACCAAGCUUUAUACAAUGAGAGUCAGAUGGUCCUCAAUAAUCAGAUGAGCAGCCCGCAGUGCUAUGGGACUCCUGACUGGACCGCGAACCCACCAGUUUUAAGAUUCAGAUUCCCCCUGAAUGACACUUCUAUCUCAUCCUGCAAUAAUAAGUUGACGAUAACCACCAAGGCUGGGACUGGAGAUUUUGCUGACUUCUCAAACGUCCAGUACGUCAACAUCUCUGGCACUGUUACCUCGAUAGACCCCUCUGUGGCCAUCACCUAUCGCUCUCAGCUCCUCUACAUGUUCUCCUGCGCUUACCCGAUGCAGUAUAUCGUGAACAACACUCAGCUGAGCGUAUCAGGUAUGAAUCUUGCCAUACAAGACAACAACGGCAGCUUCAUCAGCACACUGAGUAUGCAGCUCUACCAAGAUGGCCUCUACCAACAGAAACUUGUUAUCCCAUCAACUGGACUAAACCUGAAGACCAAGAUCUAUGUCAUGGUUAAGGCCUCCAAUCUGACAGAGAAGUUCAACGUGUUGCUAGACAGAUGUUUCGCAACAACAAGUCCAUAUGGCGUGCAGGGCACCUAUUAUGACCUCUUUGUUGGGUGCCAAAAAGACCCUCAAACCAAAGUGGAGCUCAAUGGGGCGUCCCAGAGUGCAAAGUUCUCCUUUGAGGCCUUCAGAUUUGUGCAGGACAACCAAAAACCAAUUUCCACUUUCUUCAUACACUGCAUCACCAGACUCUGUGAGGUGUCCUCAUGUAGCCAAUUGCUGCCGGUUUGUGGAGCAGCUAGGAGAAAGAGAGAGGCCCCAGAUGUGACGUCCAACACUACAAUUACUUCGCCUGUCAUUGUUGUGGGGAAACAAAGCACCGAGGAUGCUCAGAAUUUCGCUGCUUCUUACGGCGUGUCUCCUGAGAGCAACUACAGCGGCCCCGUGGUGGGCGUUAUCAUCUGCGUUGUGAUCUUAUCUAUUCUUCUCGUUGCCAUGGCUGCAUACUUUGUGGUGACUGUCAGAAGAAGAAAAUCAAUGACCCGUUAACAUACUAACAGAGAGGGCACUGACAUCUCAGCACAUCAUCCUCUAAAAUGCAUGGUCAUCCUGCAGGUAGAGGCGAGGAAACGAGUCAUGACAAACAAUAGACAUUAUACUUCUGUCUUUCUACUAUUCUCAAUGUAAUAACCAGCUUUAUGACAGGAUGGUUUAGAAUUCAUCUAUACUUAUAAUCUUAUAACCGUUACAAAUCACUUAGUUUAUUAAGGUGGAGAUAAGGAGAUGGAAUUUGCCUGCAUUAUAAUUCGGUGUUGGUUUAAAUCAAGUUUAUCAGUUGUUAUAUUUUAUAAAUGGUGAUAACUUUUGUAAUCAGUUAGAGGUUGUGUACUUGGGAACUUUUAAAAGGUUUAAAUAAGAAUGAUGAAGAAAGUGCUAUGUGUAUUCUUUGAUCAUA